GUCUAGUCCCCGCCCCAUGCUGUCGUGCGUCGUAGCCGGGUAGAUGGUUUGUGCGACACGUGUGUGUGUGUGUGUUUGUGUGUCCUGCUGCCAGCCUCAGUCCAUACUCCACGCCCACGUCCGCGUUCACGUCAACCGCUGUUUUCCAAGCCAUCUCCUUGGGCUAGGCAUCGACUUACUCAACCUCGGGCUCCAUACUUGCGCCUCGCGCCUAUCAUGGGGCUUGAUACGACUAUGAUAUAACACCCCUUCUCUCAACGAUUGCAACGUGUCCCCCAAUUCGCUGUUGAUAUCGCCGCUAUCUUUGACCAUGUCUUCAGGCGGCCAAUUCGGUUCCAAUAACCCCUUUCGCCGGAACCAAGGUGCUGUUGUGAACCCCGCCACAUCUUCGGGCUCGGACUUGAGCUUCGGCCUCGAUGGGGCCACACCUCCCCCUACAGCCUCAACUCGGGUUCCUCACACUACCUUCAAGUCCGCUGUGCCGGAGGACGAGAGGCGGGAUGAAGAAGAACAACCUGUACAGCAGAAGCCUAAAAAGAUCGUCAAGAAAGUCCGCGUGCAGUCACCACCACCCUCGUCGCCCGAAGAUGCCGUUCCUGUGACAAGGUUCCCCCCGAUAGAGCGGCUAGGUGACUAUGACGACGAGGACAGUGCUAGUCAGUCUAGCAAGAGUGACGACCAAGCCGAAGACCCGUUUGGUGCUGGCGUAAUUGAUCCAAAUAGCAGGCUCACAUCGGAGCCACCUCUCCCACAAAUUCCUCCAAAUCCCUUUGCCAGAACAUUACAGGAUAUUGAAAGAAGGGGUCAAGCACAUGAUGUGAACACUACUGAUGCUGCUACGAGCGCGUCUAAGGGUUCGCUUGAUGUUGAUUCCUUCAAACGUUUACUGUUGACUGGUUAUGCGAAUCUGCCUACACCAGGUCAAUCAGCUACGGAUUCCCCUGGAAACCUCUCGAGGGCGGCUCCGUCACAGGGAGCUCUGCCUGAUGGUGGCAGUGCUACAGACACAAGCUCCGUGUCCAAACAGUCCAUUUUUGAUGCUCUACAUGAUACUCCAAGGACAUCUCAUGAAAUAUCCGAGUCUGAAGCAUCAGAGGAACGUAGAGGUAUUCUUCCCACGUCUCCAUUAGCGGCAGUCCCAUCUGCCUCGGCACGCAAAAAGCCACCCCCUCCAAGCUCGAGGCAUGGUAAGCUUAUUAAGAUUGAUUUGGGAGCGGGCUCGAACCGUCAUGAUGUAAAGCCUGCUACUCCUAAGGGCUCGGAUCUCGCCUCACCACCCGGAACUACUCCGUUAAAGACCAGCUCUGAUUCAGAUGGUCCCCAGCACUCACCGCAAGGGACAACAAACAUAAACAAACCCCUUCCCGAACCUCCUGUACGCGCCUCAAUGGACGAAGAUGUAGACUCCCCUUUUGAUCGGGAGGCAGCCGGAAAGGUACCAGAAGCAUUCGCAGAAAUACAAGCUCACCCUAGACCCCCAACACCUCCACCCACAGCUCGUAGCCGUUCCGGAUCUCAGACUAGUACCCAAUCCCGCAAACCUGCUGCACCGCCACCACGCCGACAUGGUAGAAGUGAUAGCAAAAUAUCAUCACAUCAUCAUCCCACCCAUAUUGAUGAAGACCCUCCAAGGUCGUCCAUGGAGUCCAAUCGAUCUAGGCCAGAGAGUCUACGUAUAAGUUCGAACCCUGAAAAGCCGUCCUACGCACCGGCUCCUCCUCCCCCACGGAGGCCUGGUCAUUCACGGCAGGACAGUUCCUUUAUUGCCAACCCUCACGCCAGCUUUUCUCCGGCAGCAAGUCCUGCUUUCAGCGAAAAGGACCGGGGUCCAUGGGGAAGCGACUCGACUCCUUUAGCUUCUCCGGGUAUCAAAUCUGGCUCGUCACAUGGCAUCAGCGUCACAGGAGCCGGCAUCAAUGGACAGAUGAAAUUGAGUCCUCCACCACCACCACCGACGAGGAAGCAGAGCACGAGACGGCCGGCUAGUGUUAGGAGUAUGGAAAUCGGCAAUGGCCUAACACCGCUGAGAAAAGCGAGUAGAGAAAAGGAUGGUAUGGCGCCGCCUCCGCCUCCGCCGCCGCCAAGGGCUCGGGGUAGUCGUCCGGCGUCGGAAAGGAAAGGGAGUGUGGGGUCUAUUGUUGCUGGGAAUGAUUCUGCUAUGCCGCCGGCCCCUACGGUUCUUGAGAGUGGGAAUGGAGAUGAGAUUUUGGCGGAUCUGGAUGCGUUGCAGAGGGAGGUUGAUGAGUUGAUGAAGAAGGGGGGUAGUUAGCUAGCUACUUGGCUGGUUAUAGUUGGCAUUGAUGAUGAUGAUGAAAACAAGGAUAACGGGCAUCUGACGUUUUAUGCAGAGUUGCAUCGUCUAUGAAAAUGGCGUGAGCUUGUGUCCUGUAUGUUUAUACUACGUUUGGACGAGGCUAUAUAGCAUUGUUUGGAUUGGGAUUGGGUGAUGAGAUGGAUGAAU